AUGAAUGAGGUUAAACCUUCCCCAAUUCACAAAAUUGAUUCCAACCUGAAACCCUCGUCUAGCCCUGAUGUACAUGUGGUGUUGGACACCAAAUAUGAGGAUGAAAAGGGGUCAGAUCACUUGCAGAAGAAAUCUACACAAGCAUUUGUAUUAUGUGACAAAGAAAUUGAUGUCAAGUUAAUACUGGUAGCCUUUAGAGGAACACAAUUAUUUGAUGCAGAUGAUUACAUAACAGAUUUAGAUUUCUCUUGGUAUGAGUAUCCCCAAAUAGGAAAGGUCCAUUUAGGAUUUCUAGAAGGUUUCGAUCUAGCAAAUCGUUCAAUUGAUAAGAAAUACUCACAUCAUUUGGAAACACAAGACAUCAACAAACCUCUAGCCUAUUUUGUACUAUGUCAAAAGUUAAAAAACCUUUUACAAAUCCACAAAAAUGCAAAAUUCAUUGUGACAGGUCACAGUAUAGGAGGAGCCUUAGCUAUAUUAUUUUUAGCAAUGCUAUUUGUGAAUCAGGAGGAUAAGUUGUUACAAAAGCUAUUGGCUAUUUAUACAUUUGGACAACCUAGAGUUGGUGAUAAAGCAUUUGUAGAUUUCAUGGAUAGUAAACUAAAUCAACCCUCACCUAGAUAUUUUAGAGUUGUAUAUUCUAAUGACCUUAUUCCAAGAUUACCUUUCGAUGAUGGCCUAUUCAAGUAUAAGCACUUUGGAGUAUGUCUUUACUACAACUGCUUUUAUCAUCAAAAGAAUCUUGUGGAAGCUCCAAAUAGAGACCUCUCACUGCUGUUUUUCAUACUCAUAAGAAUAACUACCAUAUGGGAAUUGUUACACUGCUUCAUACUACAUUACAUUAAGGGAGAGAGCUUUAAGGAGACCACACUUUCUAUUAUCUCCAGAAUAUUUGGAAUUUUGGUUCCAGGAAUUUCAGCACAUAGUCUAGUAAAUUACAUUAAUUCAAUAAGAUUGGGUCCUCCUAGAUUGAAUCCAACUUUGAGUAAUGCAAAAUGA